GCUCCUUUGUUCAACGUUGCCAUCACAAAAGCUAGCAAGUUGUUUGUUUGAAAAUGCACAACUCCAGGAGGUUCUUGUUCCAGGUGUGUUUGAGUUUGGUGCUUUCCACAGGCUCCUGCACCUGCAAGCCAAUUGGCAAUGACAUCCACUUUGAUGAUGACCUUGAGGGAUUUUACUCACAACACUCCACACAGAAGGAGCUUCUAGAGGAGGAAGACAUGGACUCUAGGAUGGCGAACCUCCUCGGAACCAUGAAAGAAGACUUUCUGAGGAAACUCAACCUUUCAGAUGUACCUCAGGAUCACGGAAAAAUUGACCCGCCUCAUUUCAUGAUGGAGCUCUACAACAAGUAUUCUUCGGACAGCACGGCGAUCCCUCGGUUUGAUGUUAUUCGCAGCUUCAGUGUUCAAGAUAUUACACAUUCUGUGACAAACGGCCCAAAGUCAAGACAAAGGCUGCUGUUCAACGUCAGCAUACCCAGCUAUGAAAAGGUCAUCACAGCUGAAUUACAACUCUUCUUUCUCCCAGAUGCCAGGUCAAGGGUGACCCACAGUUUCACUGCCUCCGUCAACGUCUACAAAACGGAUUACAACGGUUUGAAAUCCAACCCACAGAUUUUGGCCUGCAAAGAAUUGAGAGGUUCUCAGAACAUGUGGGUGACUCUGGAUGUCACCUCAGCGGUACAGAACGGAGUCGUAUCAGGCCGUGGAAUAACUGGAUUCGAUGUCGUGGUGGACGGGAAUGGCUGUGAUGAUGAAAGCGGUGGUUGGAGCUUAAGCCUUUCAGUGGGAGAUAACACCUCAGCAGCUUUGAUUGUCUUCUCAGAUGACCUUGGCAGCAGAAGGCGAGAGGCCAAGAAAGAACUCAGAGAGAUGAUCCUCCAUGAAGAAGAAACCAUCUUCCACUCGGAGGCGAACUGGAACACAGAGAAUCUUCUGGCCAACCAGAUUCCCGGAGCUCAGUAUCGUCGUAAGAGAAGAAAGGCCGAGCGGGAAUACUGCCGGCGGACGUCUCUCAAGGUCAACUUCAAGGACAUUGGCUGGGACAGCUGGAUCGUGGCACCUCCGGAAUAUGACGCAUUUGAAUGUCGAGGCUUGUGCUAUCACCCACUGACAGACGAAUCCACCCCAUCCAAGCACGCCCUCAUCCAGACGUUGAUGAACAUCCGCAACCCCAAGAAGGCCAACAUGGCAUGCUGCGUCCCCAUCAAGCUGGACCCCAUCACUGUCAUGUAUCAGGAGAACGGACUCGUCACUAUCCGAUACUUAUAUGAGGAGAUGAAGGUGGCAGAAUGUGGGUGCAGAUAGUCAGAAAGAACAUGACUAUUACAUGUGUACAUCUGCUAUUGUGAUUAGUAAAACCGUAUUUAUAGUGUUCUGCUAUUUUAUGAAUGUAAAUCUGUACAUUUGUAAUUUCAAUAUACAGUUUCUUACUGCAGUAUCAGAAUAUACAGAUUGUUUUGGGUAGUCAACAGACCACAGCCACUUAAUAAUAACUGUACAUAGUCCAGUCGAGUACAUUGGUUUCUUCUACUAUGUAAAAAUGAUAAAAAAUCACGCAGGGUAUUUUUUACAUUUUAUGGUUAAACUGUGCCAUAUCACAUAAAUAAAGAACAAUGCAGAAUAAUCACUUUAAAAAGAUUAA